UAUGAGAAUGAACUGAUGUGAAUAAAUUGGUCGACUGGUGGUUGCGGCCACGAUAUUUAUACCAAGCGAGUGGGCUGUUUGCCACCGGCAGCGAUCUUCUUGUGCUUCUCCAGCGCUUCCUGUAGCUUCGCCGAGCCGCCCUUGGACGCUUUGGCCUUUUCGUGCGACGUGCCUUGGGUCAUGUGCACGCCCACAAAGAACACGGCAGUCGCGUACGACACCAACGCAGCGAUUUCCAGGUAGUACGACAGACCAAAUUUCAGGCCGGUGCUGCUGGGCUGUUGCUGGCUCCACACGAUGCACACAACGAGGGACCACACUCCCGCAAGCAACGUCAUAAAGAGCGCAAACGACACUAAGCACGACCGAUUUUUGGAGCAGCACACACCCAACGCGAUCAUGAAUGAUCCUACGACGCCGAACACUGGGCUCAUCAUCGAGAACGCCAGCGUGAUCUUGCCUUGGGAGCCGCACGUUUUGGCCAGAAAUUCAUCCAACGUGGCUUGGCUGAUGCCUUCGACCGUUGAAAACAAGCGUGCGGCACUGCUUCCAUUGUCUUGGUUGAACGUGGCGCAGAUGCCUUGGUUCGGGAGCACCACCGUGUUGUUCGGGUCGUUGUUUAGAUUCACGCGGACCUUCGAGUUGGUGGUAUAGUACAAGUAGCAUUGGCCAUGGGUACCGGAGAGUGGGCCCAUUGUUUGCAGCGACGUCGACGUCGAUGUGCCUGUGCUCGAGUACGAAAUGUCCGUACAGUACCCCCACACGCCGGCGGUGAAACUCGCAGCGGCGAAGUCGCCCUUUGGUGACAUACCCAGCAUGGACCACAGAGGAAGCCCUGCUGCGGUUCCGGAGAACACGACGGCCACCGCCGACAUGAUGAGGCUCAGUAGUCCCACACACGUGCACGGCAUCGUUGCUAGCUGAGGGGUUGAGUGGAAAAGCGCAAAUGAU